AUGGAAAUAUUUCUCUCGAAGAACAAGGAGUAGGUGGAACGAGACUGUAGCUAUGAAUUGUGAAACGUGUCGAUCGUUAUCUCGUUCUUCGGAUUCUGACUUUUCCAGCCGAAACUUAUCUUUACUUAAUUCGGAGAUUAGGAGCUAUCCGAAAUCAUACUGAUUUUUCGGCUACGUCUGGGCUUGGGGAUUACGGUCGGAGUCUUUGAUCUUUAAUCUUCCAAUUUCAGCUCCUUUGAUCUGUUGUUUCAGUUCUCAAAAGCUUGGGCGGAUUCCGCUCCGACUCCGGCAAUUUCGGAUUUAGCAUGGUGUUUCGAGUUCAUUAGUUAUAGAAUAAGUCAGGUUAUGAACAUCCAAUGGAGGAGUCUGAGGAGCUUCUCACAGAUAUGAAAUUCAAGGAAAAACGAGGUAUGGUACCUCCACGAGCUUCUGAUCCUGGUUGGGCUCAUGGAAUUAUGGUCAAUGGGGGUCGUCAGAAGAUUAAAUGUAAAUACUGUAAUAAAGUUAUGCUUGGGGGUGGCAUAUCCAGACUAAAGCAACAUCUUGCUGGGGAAAGAGGAAAUGUAACUCCUUGUGAGGAAGUUCCAGAAGAAGUUAAGGUGCAGAUUCGACAACUUUUAGGUUUUAAAGUUUUGGCAAAGCUGAAACGGCUGAAUAAGGGUAGCAAAAAUGCAGCAUCCUGCUUCCCGAGAAGGGAAGAAAUAGCUGAUGGGGUACACCGAGUUCAGAAUACUCGACGACGCUCUUUCCAGAGAAAGGGAAAGGAGGUAUUGGAAAGUGUUACUAAGAAAGCAAAAAGGAAAAAGAAACACCCUUUUCCAACAUCUUUUGUCGCUCAAUCUGUUAACCAGAACACCUCGACAAUAGAAAGCAUAGAACAAGCUGAUAGGGCUGUUGCCAGAUUUAUAUACCAAGCUGGUAUACCUAUUAGUGCAGUAAGCACACAACAUUUCCAACAAAUGGCUGAUGCCAUUGCUGCUGUAGGCCCUGGUUAUAAGAUGCCUACCUGUCAUUCUUUGAUGGGUAAAUUGCUCGACAGAAGUGUCCAGGACGUUGGGGAGUAUGUUGAAGAGUUGAGAAAGUCUUGGGAGGUUACAGGGUGCUCAGUCUUGGUUGAUAGGUGGAUGGAUAGAACUGGUUCUGGAGUCAUAAACUUUUUUGUCUAUUGUCCCAGGGGUACCAUGUUCCUUAAGUCUGUUGAUUUAUCAGAAAUAUCAGAAUCACCGGAAGGGCUUCUAAGUUUAUUUGACAGCAUUGUUCAAGAAGUUGGACUGAAGAAUAUCGUCAAUUUUGUAACAGAUACUUCUCCCUUGUUUAAAGCUGCAGGUAUACUCUUGGUCAAAAAACACAAGACAUUUUUCUCAAGUGUUUGUGCUGCACAUUGUGUGGAGUUAAUCCUCGAGGAAAUUGAGAAAAUGGAAGAAGUAAAAGAGGUUGUUGGGAAAGCAAAGAGGAUAGUUCAGUUCAUAUACAACGAUGUCUGGGUCCUAAAUCAGAUAAAAAAGAGAAGUGGUGGAAGAGAGAUUAUUCAGCUUGCAUCUUCAAGAUAUUUCUCCAUCUUCUUGACUCUUCAAAACAUUUUUUCUUUGAAAAACCAUAUUUGUCAGAUGUUCACCAGUGGUGCUUGGAUGCAGUCAAAUUUAUCGAAGUCCGGGGCUGGACUUGAGGUGGCAAAGAUCACAGCCGAUCCAAUCUUCUGGUCAAAGUGUGAUCAUAUUACGAUGGGAACAAAACCCUUACUUUCUGUGCUGCAAUUUCUUGAAUCAGAGGAGAAGCCAUCUGCCGGGUUUAUAUAUGAUGCAUUUGAAAAAGCAAAGAACAGUGUCAUGCUCGCUUUCAACCAGAAGGAAUCUGUCUACUUGCCAUAUUUGAAAGCCAUUGACCAUGUUUUGCUGAAGGAAUUUCAGAGCUCUCUUCAUUUGGCUGCAUACUACCUAAAUCCAUCGAUAUUCUAUAGUCCUACAUUCGUACCCAGCAAAGUUAUUCAAAAGGGUUUACUUGAUUGCAUUGAAGCCUUAGAGCCAGAUAUAACAUCCCAGGUUAUGAUUACAAACAACAUAAACUUCUAUGAGGAAGCUGUUGGAGAUUUUGGGCGGCCAGUGGCAUUACAUGGUCGAGAUUCAUUGGCCCCAGCUACUUGGUGGUCAUUGUAUGGAACUGAUUACCCGGAUUUACAACGCUUGGCCGUUAGGAUAUUGAGUCAGAGCUGCACCAUUAUACAAUGUCGUAAAAGCUUGAGUGUGUUCAAAUAUAUCUAUUCAAAGAAGAAGAACCGGCUUGAAAAGCAGAAGAUGAAUGACCUUGCAUUUGCUCAUUAUAACUUGCAACUCCAGGAGAGGAGACUGGAGACUUGUAAAGCAAGGUGCUCAAUAGAUGCACUUGAUCCUGUUUUUUUGGAAACCAUUGGUGCGAACAUGGAAGAUUGGGUGGAGGAUGUUGAGGCGUUGGAGGAUGAGCACCAGAGGUGGGUGGAUAUGAAGGCCACUAGUCAGUAGACCUUGAUGGAACAUAAUUUGUCCAAUAUGGAUAGUUGUAUUGGAAGCACAGAUGAGAGAGGCAGAGAAGCCACUAGAGGUACAGAUGGUAAUGAUUUGUAGUCUCCGUUUUGUUGUUCAAAAGCAGCUGAUUACCUCAUCUAUAAAUACUUAGUUUAUGAAUGCUCUAUUCUGUUGUAUAAUCUGCUAAAUGUGCGCUGUAUCUAAUUUUCAUCAGUUAUGCAAAGUUGAUAUUCAUUUGGUAUCCAA